ACACCUGGGAGGCCAGAGGAGACAUUUCUAAGAACUUAGCAGUACCAGGAGCGUUCAUCGUUGCCUUGUCAGUACUUUAGAGUCUGAACCAACACCCAUAAUGAGCGCGAAAUUUGAAAUGAGCAAUGUAAACCUUAAAGUUGGGGCUCGUCUGAAGAUAAAGGGAGAAAUUUUGCCUGAUGCUCAAAGAUUCCAGAUUGACCUUGGCUAUGAUUCACAAGACCUGGCUUUGCAUUUCAACCCGCGAUUUCACGAUGACACCGAUGGAGCGGUUAUUGUGUGCAACUCAAAGAUUGCUGGCUGCUGGGGAGAGGAGAAAAGAGAAAUGCACAACCCUCUGCAUAGAGGCACACAUGUUAAGAUUGUGUUGAAGCUCACCGGUGAUAUGUUUGAAGUCGAACUUCCCGAUGGAUACGAAAUCCAGUUUCCGAACCGUGGUGACAUGGCGGCCAUCGACUAUGUCAAAAUCACAGGAGACUUCAAAGUCACUUGCAUAAAAAUCUGUUAAGAUGUGUACAAUGAAUUCUCACUUUUAUUUGUUGUCAUAAAAAUGUAAGCAUUCCCCAUUUUGAUGCCAAUUCAACUUGUGAAAUAUUUCACCCACCUUUAUAUGCCAGGCCAUCUCCAAACUACCAAAAAACAAAAACAAAUCUCUCUCUCAUGGAUUCAUUUGUACUAGAUUGCUUUGGCUACAUGUGGCUUUUUGACAUUAAAUUAUGAGUGGCACGACACAUCUUACAUCUCUGUCUUUGUUUUAUUAGAUUGAAAUAUGUAUCCAAAAUAAUCACUCAUAAUUGAUCAAGAUCAAGUAAGAACGUGGAGCACUCUGACUGACAUUUUAACAUCGGCCCACAUAUAUUAAGACAGGGAUUAGUGCAAUAUAAUAUUGGAGAUAAGUAGAGUUGUAUUUGACUAAACCGGUCAGCAAAUACUUUAAGAACAACAACAAUUAGGAACAUGUUUUUAUUUGUACAGUAUUUUCUUUUGUUUUAACAGUAAACAUGUCAGCGGAAUAUUCCCAAGAAAACACAAUUCACAUCAUGUGUUUAGAUGUUUAAAGUUUUUGUAUAAAUUGCAUUUACUAUUCGUAAAGUAUGCAAAGUGAAGUGUGCGAAUCCCUUUUAAUUCCUUGACACUAACAAAGCUAAAUCUCUAAACCAGGUAUUUA